AUGAGGAGUUUCAGGUAUAUUCUGUGCUCUUUUGCGGCGUGUAUGCUGCCCAUCUUCUGCGGCGAUGUCGCAAACGGGAGUGCAGUGCUGGGCAGUUUACUGCGUCCUUUUGACACCCUCAGUCUACAUUCAGCGUUACACCCCUCGAGCUUGCUUAGUGGGGAUCGUCGAGUGCCCGGAGCUGAAGUGCGUUCUUUCCUCCCGAAACCCGGAGACGUGAGUCUUUUGGACGCAACAAAUACCGUAGAACUGCUUUCAACAAUCAGACAGCAACGCUCUUCACUACCAGAUCAUAUUCAACCAAGGUCUACCAGCUUUUCAGGCAGGAAAUUCACCAUUGUCUCGGCUCUGUUUGGAGACGACGUGGCGGAUCAGAAGCUGAGAGAAGGUUUUGGCCCGCCUGGGACAACCCACUUGGAGCAAGAUACUCUGAAGCGGCGGACUACCACAACGGAGUGGAAAGCGACAGAUCCACGGCUCCGCAGCGUAAAUGAGGCUUUAGGGCUACACGGCUAUCCACCGCUGCCGUAUGUGCCUGCUUUCCUUAAAGAAAAGGCCAAUGCAUCCCUCGGAUCAGACCCUUUAGAGCAGCUGCUUGAGCACAUCAACAGUGGGAAGGGUCUCCCGGAGACCGUCAUUAACGAAUUCACUUCAGAUGACUAUAACUCGAUCCGCACCACUUGGCGCCUUCCUUCCACAGUCUUACCCUCACCAAAUAAGGGCCUCGCCAACAGUCCGUGGCCAAUCCCCCACCGGAACAGCUCUGCGCAGGCUAGCACCACCCUGGCAGGUCCUGAUGGGAGCCAUCGUCUGAGUCACAACUUUUUGAAUCAGGCUAUGGUAAUAUCAAAUCCAAUAACGCUAUUCUAUACGCCAGACGAAAAAUAUCUCUGGGGUAGCAGCUGGACUACCAUUUUCAAAGUAGCACGCACAAAGACCUCACUGUCAAUUGUGGGCUUUGUGCCAAAGUCAGUAGAGACCAUCCUAGGAGACAAAUUCCACGGAGCCUAUGCGCUCCUCACACAAGAAGAGGUUUUCGUCGUUUCGACUGGCAAACGUUUGGAAGCAUACUACGACGUGCCAGGCUCCAAUGGACAAAAAAUCAUGGUACACCCCGAGGCUUUUACCCUGAAAGAGGGACUCCAAAAUCUUGGAGCAGAAGCACCUCGGUCUCAAGAAGUUUUCCGUGCCCUGUGCAUGACUCACGACGGCCACAUUGCUUGGGUCACCAACGUUGGUCGUAUGGGCAUUUUGAGCCGCGACGUGAAGAAUGGCGGUUUCCGCAAUGCUUUGGCCACUCUGAUGUUAGGCUCGGCAAAACAAGCGAGAUCGCCUGCAAAGACAGAUAAGACAAUAACCCCUGAUGGUAUAUCAGGUUCAUCCGAUGUCCCUGAAGUUGAAGCAGAGGAUCUCGACGUGUCAAACAAUAUUGCGUGCGAUAACAAGGGUGGAAUAUAUGUGGUAUCUUCCAAAUACAUGCACAAGGCCGUAUGGGAUGGAGAGAAGCUUACUGUGUCAUGGGAAGAACCAUACGAUCUUGAACCUGCAUUGGGAGGGACAGCCCCCGUGCGCCUUGGGGAAGGUUCCGGCAGUACUCCAACCCUCAUGGGCACGGAAGAUCGUCAAUUUGUGGUCAUCACGGACAGCUCAAAGCUGAUGAACCUGGUAGUACUGGAUGCACAAACGGGAAAGGUACAUGCCAGGCAUCCAGUUACCUUCGGAGAUCCAGCAGCUAAAGAAACUUCGAGUGAGCAGUCCGUGCUAGUUCAUGGUUGGCGCAUGGCCGUUGUUAACAAUCAGCCCACUGAGGAGGCAAAGAUGUCUACCAGCUUCUUGCAGUACCUUGGAAGCCCCAAUAGCUUUCUAUCAGGACUGAAGUCAGCGGGAAUUCAGUUGCCUCUACUUAAUGAAACAAUUGCCUCGGCUCUUCCAGUCAUUGUGGGGGAUGCGCCCAAGGGCGUAGAGCAAUUCGAGUUUGACCCAGACACCAAAGUAAUUCGCACCACCUGGGUUAACAAGAAAAUCUCCAUUCCUAAUGGCAUUCCAACUAUGAGUGCAAAGUCACAGCUGAUGUAUGGCGUGGGCAAGCGCUGCCCUCUCGGGGGAGAUGCAGCACCCCUUCGAGGCAUGUGGACUCUCGAGGCGCUCGACUGGUGGACCGGUAAGAGUAAGUUUCAUUACAACAUUGGGGCGGGGCCCAUGAGCAACUCUGUUUAUGCGGCAACGCAAAUUGGCCCAAACGAAAUUAUCACGGGAACUGCAGGGGGUAUCGUGCGCAUCCUAGAGGAUUGA